UUCGUGAAGAAAUGGAACUUGGGACCCUUUCUGAUCCCAGCCAAUCCACAUUCUCUUUGAUUGAUGAGUACCAUACAUUUGCAAAUGCAAUCAGAUUUACUUUGAAUCAGGAUCCAAGGACGAGAUUCUGUGGCUACAGCAUUCCUCAUCCAUCAGAUAACCUUGUUAAUAUUAGAAUCCAGACUACAGAGGAAUCAAAAGUUCUAGAUGGUGGGGGAGUUGCAGCUGUAAUAUACAAAGCACAUAUCCCCACAUCAACUGCGAUCCAGCAAAAGAUGUAUUCAGAGAUGCAUGUCAGGAUCUCAUGGUGAUGUGCCAGCAUGUGAGCAACACUUUUGACAAGGCAGUAGUUGAUUUCAAAAUGAGCAAGUCUGUGGAUGGCAUGGAUGUUGAAUCAAACAGUUAAAUUGCUCAUCGGAGAUUCUCAUUUGUAUGUUUACUUUUUAUCACAAAUGUAGCUUAAGGUGGAUGCAUAAUAUGAAGUUACUAGUUUGAUCAUCAGCUUUGUUUAUUUGUAUUUUCAGUUACUCCGGCUACUGAAGUCUAUUAGGUUUUUCCUCUGUUUCGUUAGGCUUGAUCCAGUACCAGAUUGAUAUAACAUUUUGCUUCAUAUUUUCUACUAGCUGUAAAAUUGAUUUGUUAGAAAUGAGAAGAGCUUUCAUU